AUGUCAUUGGUUUUGUUAAAUAAAGAUUUUUCGUCAUCUGAUGAUCCGGAUAUCCUUGUUUAUUUAAAUUUAAAGUGGAAAUUAAUUACUACGUGGUUUAAUAUGCUGACAGUGCUCUAUAUUCCAAUUUGUAUUUAUUGCGACUGGCAAGAAUUAAGAAGAAAGGCCGAACUUCGAAAUGUUAAAAAUCUAAAACAGAUUCGGGACUUCUAUUUCACCAAUUUAAUCCUUCCGGCAACACUGUAUGCAGAUAUCUUAUUCUGGAACUUAUGGAAUAAAAACAAGCUAAUAUUAAUGCCAGUGAAUGCAGAUCUAUACGUUUCCGUUUGGGAGCAACACAGUAUGCACACAGCCUCCCUGAUCUUCGUGUCUUUAGAUUUAAUAUUAGUACCAAGACAAAGGCCAAAGACUUAUAAAUGGGGCUUUAUCGUUCUCUCGAUGUACUUAAUCAGCUACAUUUGGGUGUGUCUCAAUAGUAUCGUGAAAGGGGAAUACGUGUAUCCUGGCCUGAAAACCUUAUCAACAUAUAAACUAAGCUGUUUAUGCAUACACUUGUUCAUCGGACAUUUGUUUUACUAUACUGGUCAAUGGUUUAUUAUUGAUUUAUUAUGGGGUCAGCGGCGUAAUACACACAAAGUUGCU